AUGAAGUUCGCAACCACACUUACAAUAGCUUCAACUCUUUCUAUGGUUCAAGGGUUAGCCUUUGAAAAUGUCGAGAAGAGAGCCACAACAGAUCAAGUUGCUGGAGCCGAAAGCGCUUUAGGCAUUCUUGGUCUCAUUGGUGCUGCUGGAUCCGAAACUGGUUUGUCCGCUGAUGCAGCCCCUUCUACUGCCGCCGCUGCCGGAGCCGGAUUCACAGGAAGUGAUGCUGGUAUUUAUGCAUCCAUUGGAGCUGCUCUCACAGAAGGAUCUAACACUGCCACUGCCGCCGCUAUUGGUGGUGCCCUUACAACAGGAUCACCUGCCGGGGGUGCCAAUAGUGCCUUCUAUGCAUCCCUCGCUCAGCAAUUGGAUUCAAGUGCCACCUCUUACGCCAUAGCCACUUCGUCAGCAGCUACUAGUGGCAGUUCUGGAUAUGGAAGUUCUUAUGGAGGCUUUCUUGCUAGUAUUCUUGGAGACAUUGAUUUCGAAUCAGUCGCUGGCUACGCUGAUAAUAUUCUUUCUGAAAACUCCCAAUAUUUGGACGAUGCACUUGUAUGGUUAAAGGAUACAGGUCUUUUACCCAAAGCAACCUUGUAUUUACUUGAACUGAACUUUAGUUCUCCAUUAGUUUCCAGUAUUGUUCUGGGUGCAUUGAACGAGGUGUCUGCUCUCAACACUACCUCCUUCUUUGUUGCGUUGGAUCAAUCUGGUUUAUUCUAUCAGAUUAUCUCUAGUUUUAUUAUCGACCCUGAUUUAUUGCCAGCUGGAUUGUCAAUUGUUAAGAAACUUAUUGCUGAAGGUGGGAUUUCAUUUUCUGAAAUUAUUGCUGCCGCAGGAAGAUUAGUGAAGAAGGAUGAAUUCUCAGUCGAACAAUUUGAAUUACCAGAACUUGCUAGAAGAACUUUUGAAGAUGCAUUAUUGGAAGAUCUUGAGACUAGAGAUGACCUGGAUCAUAUUUUCUGGGAAUUAGAUAUUCAAAAGCGUGACAAUAUCGAAAAUUUACUUACCACUGUUUUCACUUCAGUUGAAAAGUCUGACAUUCUUAAUAGUACCAUUCAUACUUUACUCAUCGACCCACAAUUCCAAGAUGCCGCAGUUACUCUUCUUUCCGGAACAUUCAAAAAGUUUGCAACUGGUUCAGGAUAUCCAUCAAACCUUUCAUUCUUGGGUCCAAUUCUUGCUGGUAUUGUGGAAUCUGGUUUGUUACAAAAUACAUUCGAAAGAGCCUUGGCUGACCCAGCAUUGAGAGCUGCAUUGAUUGCAGACUUGGGUGCAGUCUUGAGAAGUGGUGCUGCUACUGUUGGUGACUUUGUUUCUGGAAAGGACAUCGUUAUGUAUCAACUUGCUUUGAAGGGCAUUAUUCCUGACUCUCUCGAAGUUAAAGCUGCGACUUCUGGUGUUAGCUCUGUAAUUGGAGCAAUCUCAAGCACCUUGGCAACUGUUGCAUCUUCUGCUGAAUCAUCUGUUGCAUCUUCAAUUGUAUCAUCAUCAUCCCCAUCUGCAACUCCAAAGACGACCUCUUCGGGUAAUAGCGGUGUUUCCACUACCUCCUCCGGCUUCUUAGCUCUUGUUGCAGGACUCUGUGGUUAUAUCAUGAUUCUUUAA